ACUCCAGUCGUUGGCUUGAACUCUACCAUCUUCACUGGAUGGACUGGAUCUGCUACUUCGACUUACUCUACUGAUUUGACAACGUUGACUGGAUCCGAUGGCAUUCCAACCACUGAGACCAUCUACUACGUCGAGACUCCAGUCGUUGGCUUGAACUCUACCAUCUUCACUGGAUGGACUGGAUCUGCUACUUCGACUUACUCCACCGAGUUGACAACCUUCACUGGAUCCGAUGGUAUUCCAACCACCGAGACCAUCUACUACGUCGAGACCCCAGUCGUUGACUUGAACUCUACCAUCUUCACUGGAUGGACUGGAUCUGCUACUUCGACUUACUCUACUGGUUUGACAACCUUCACUGGAUCCGAUGGUAUUCCAACUACCGAGACCAUCUACUAUGUUGAGACUCCAGUCGUUGGCUUGAACUCUACCAUCUUCACUGGAUGGACUGGAUCUGCUACUUCGACUUACUCUACUGGUUUGGCAACCUUCACUGGAUCCGAUGGCAUUCCAACCACUGAGACCAUCUACUACGUCGAGACCCCAGUCGUUGGCUUGAACUCUACCAUCUUCACUGGAUGGACUGGAUCUGCUACUUCGACUUACUCCACCGAGUUGACCACUUUCACUGGAUCUGAUGGUAUUCCAACCACCGAGACCAUCUACUACGUCGAAACACCUAUGUCGAGUGCACAGUCCACAGAAAUGAGAUCAACCGCUACGUUUGUCACCACCUCAUUCACUUCAUGGACUGGUCGUUACACGAGCACAUUCUCUACCGGUACCACCCUGUUUACUGGCUCUGAUGGUGUUUUGACCACAGAAACACUGUAUUAUGUUGAGACACCAAACUUGCCGUUUUUCGGAAACUCUUCCAUCAUGACGCCAACAAGAUCCUCAAGUAGUGAACUUUCAUCUAUCAGUACCGCUUUAAGCGGAACUACCUCUGUUGCGGUUGCUUCUUCAUUAUCCAACUCGCAAGCCGCGACUACGACGAAUGAUUUCUCUAGUAGUUUCACGUCUAUUGUCAGUUCACCAUCAUCCUCCGCUGUUUCAAUUUCGUCCGCAACCAUCACUUCUAACACCAUGUCACAACCCUCUUCCAACUCCCAAUCCAAGACUACGACAAAUGCUUUCUCUGAUAGUUUCUCGUCUGGUACCAGUUUACAAUCAUCCUCCGCUGUUUCAAUUUUGUCCACAACCACAACUUCUGACACCAUGUCACAGUCAUCUGUUACUUUUGCAUCGUCCACCAAAUCCGAACCCCAGUCCAAUCAGGUCUCCAGCGCAUCUGCAUCUGAAAAUUCAGCAUCCAAUGCACAGAAGUCGACGACUGCGAAUAGUGACAUCAUCACGACUUCAAGCUCGGACACCACUUCGUCGAUUGCAAGUGCUAGUCAGCAAAAACCAUCGCAUUCCCAACACUCAUCAAGUGUGAGCCAGUCCUCGGUGUCCCCAGCUAUCUCAAGUCCAAGUUCUUCCGCAUCAGUUGUUUCAUCCACCACCGUGGUUCCGAUUACGACUCCCGGAGAUGGCCAAGACUCACCAACAUCGAGGAGCAUGCCAACGUCGAAGUCCUCUAUAUCAUCAAACACAGGCUCUGAUUCAACGUCUAUAUCAACCGCAAUGCCAUCCAAGAAUACAAACUUAGUGAAGAGCACUAGCCAAACAGUGGAAGAAAGCAGAACGACGUCAGACUCUAGACAUAGCUCUGAUAGCUUGAACUCAUCGACGAGUAUGAGUGAUUCGAGUGCAAAAAUGCCAUCAUCUGCCUCAGUAUUUUCGUCUCAUUCUACUAAUUCUGGUCCAACUUCAGUGGAAGUCUUCAGUGAUUCAACAUCUUCGACAUCGAGUUCGACACCUACAACUUCACCAAGUCAAAACAGCUAUCGAAAGCCACCACAGGCUACUCAGCUAGCUUCGACGGUACCAAAUACUUCUCAUGAAUUUAGCGACGCCACGAAAACUACUUCAACACUAUCUGGCACUGGCAGUGGAAACUUGGUCUCCUCCUCAGCUUCAUCAUCCAGUGUUAUCGAAUCCACACUUCAAAAUGUUGCCAAGGAAAGUGUUACUGAGGCUCUAGGCGCUUCACAAAUUACGAGCGACCUCACUACCGGUAAAGGAUCUGUGAGAUCUUCGGCGACUUUUGCAACCCAGUCCUCUACUCAGAGUGUCUCUGCUUAUGAAGGAGGUGCUAGCAAACUUAGAUUGGGUCUCCUUCUUGCUCUACCUUUGGCCUUGGUCUAA